AUGUCGAGUAUCGAUCGAAGUUUUCAUGCGGAAAUAGGCAAUGCUGCAUUUCCAGAAGCAGCUGGCAAUGACACGGGGAAUGAAUCAUGGAACAACUUCACCGUAUCCGUCGAGGUCGGAGGCGAUGCCAUCGAGGAUUGGUGGCUGGACCUUGGUGCAUAUACCACACCUGUGCUUGUUCCGCUCGAGUAUGGGAACGACUUCAACUUCGAUCCCGAGAAGCAUGCCAUUGUAAGACCAGACGACGGCGCCUUUGGCCCCGGAAAGGUCCCGUACGCAGGCUACCCAGCUUCCAUCGAAGUCAUGCACAAGUUGCACUGCCUGAACUUCUUGCGUCAAGCUGCCUACUACAAUCACCAGUAUUAUCGAAGCAUUCACGGAAAACCCUGGCAUCUUGGCGAACAUGAGCUGGUGCGGCAUAUUGGGCACUGCGUAGACAUUUUCCGUCAAAAGAUUAUUUGCGAGGCCGAGAUCGAGCUGGUACCGUUUACGAUCAUUGGAGUCCUGGGCGGACUGAAUCGCCAAUUUUCCACCAAUAGCGAUGGCGUGUUGUAA